AUGCUCCUCCUCCCGCCUCUGCUCCUCGCAAUCGCCACCUCGGCCGCGCUCUUCCUGCACUCCGACGUCGACGUCGCCCUCCUGUGGUCGCAGUGCCACGCGCGCGCCCAGCUCCCGGCCCUGAGCCGCGUGCCCCUGCUCGGCACCCCGAGCUGCUUCCUCGUCAGCUUCUUCCGGACCGCGCUCGACUCGCUGCGGUCGCGCGCCGUCAUGGGCGUCGUGCUGGCGUACGUCGGCGCGCUGGCGACGGUGUGCACCGUCGAGGCGGCGCGCAGGUGUAACCGGGCGAGUGGGCUGAUUGCGCGGCCGACGGUCUGGUGGCUGCUGUUCAACCUGCUCGGGGGAGCGGUGGUGUGGCAGCUGGUGAUUGUGCCGGCGUUUUUGCAUCGGGCCAAGACGCUGGUGGCGGCAGAGCAGCAGCAGCAGCAGCAGCAGGAAGACGAUGGGGAUGAAGAAGAAGAAGGUCGAGAGGAGGUCCGGAGGGCGGAGGAGGAGGACAAGAAGCUCGAGGACAGGACGCUGCCGGAUUCCGAGGCCGUGGCCAUUCCCAUUGCCGUCGCGGUUGGAUACUUUGUGCCGUCGGCGCUCAUGCUGGCGUUGAACUCGCCGCUCGCCAUCGGCGCCUGGCUCUUCUUCCCGCUGUACAUUUCGCUUGUGCGCCAGGCCGUGCGAUACGUCGUCGAGAGGAUCCGGCGCGUUAGCCCCGUGAGCAUCCAUCACGAGUCGCACUGGCAGUGCGUCGUCCUCGUGUACGCGCUGCCCGUUGCGCUGUCCGUCGCCGCGCACGUCUUUGUGCUGUGGAACAUUGCGCAGCGUCAUGACGACCGCAAGAAGAUGACGAAGCUGACGGUCAGCUUCAUCGAGAUUGACGUCCAGUUCAUUGCGUGGACGGUGCUGUACUGGAUGUUUGUGGAGAGCGGAUGGAGGGUGCCGCUGAGCAUGAUUGCCAUCUCGGUGGUUGCCGGGCCCGGCGCGGGGGUUUGCUUGGGGUGGUUGAUUCGGGAGAGGCUGGUGAAGCAUGGGCUUGCUGGUAAGGCGAGCGGUCGUGAGAGGGAUGAGCGGGAGGCUGAGGAGAGGCCCCUGCUGGGGUGA